CAACACUUGCGCGUAUCUCCAUCAGACUUACCAUCUCUCCUUCCAUUCCGUUCUCUUCCGAUCCCGUCGCCUGAGUUCCUCUGCCGGUGCACUGGUCGCCGGUGCUGCUGAUCUUGAAGUAAGGCUGUAUUUGUUCAUUCACCAUUCUCAACAUCUAUCCUUUCUUCUCCAUCCACCUUCUUCUUGUUGGUCUUUCUUUCUGUUCUGAGUGGAUUCAGUCGUCUUUCUCUCAAGAAUUACGUUCCUGUUUUGGUGUUACAGUUGUAGUUGGUAAGCUGGAUCUUCUUCUUCAUCUUGUUCCUUAGAAAAACCUCUAAAAAAAUCUCCCAAUUAUGUAAGUUGGUCUUUGUUUUGCUCCCUCACCUUCAAGAAAAAAAACCCAAAAAAGAUAUUUUCUUUAGUACUUUUAUGUGUUAAGCAAUUUGCUUCUGUUGCACUAAAUCUGGAUUUGCUCUUUUUUGACAUUCCUUAGUGAAAUCUUUAUAAAAGCCUAAAAAUCAUGUAAUUAGUCUCUCGUUCUUCUUCUUGUUCUAUCCCCAGGAAAGGAAAAAAAAAUUUGAAAAAACAGCAAAAAAAAGAAAAAAAAAAGGAAAAUCCACACCCGUUACAUGAUCGUGGUUUUACUAUAGCAAAAACUUUAUAAAACCCACCGAAUCAUGUAAUUUCAUACUUACCUUCAAAGUCUGUUCUCCAAAAACCAAAAAACAAAAAAAUAGAAAACCAAAAAACAAAAAAAUGGUAUCCUAGUCUCUCUCUUCUAGUUCUUCGUCCUCGUUCGUUUACAGAGAUCGAACUCCAAUCCAUAAAAACCCCACAAAAAAAAGGAAAAAAAAAACCAAGGUUACAUCCAUGGAGAGAACGCCGGAACCCGAGAACGUGACGCCGGCGGCAUCCCCUGCUCCGACGACUCCGGGAACACCAGGCGCCCCGCUCUUCUCAUCUAUCAGGGUGGACUCGCUGUCCUACGACCGGAAGUCGCUGCCGCACUGCAAGUGCUUCUUCCCCGGUGGCUGGACUUCCAACCACAGCUGCUUCACCGACUUCCCCACGCCCACCGUCUCUCUUACCAGAAAGCUGGGUGCCGAGUUCGUUGGCACGUUGAUCCUCAUCUUCUUCGCGACGGCCGCGCCGAUUGUGAACGAGAAGUACAAUGGCGUGGAGACGCUGAUCGGCAACGCGGGGUGCUCGGCGCUGGCGGUGAUGAUCGUCAUUCUGUCGACGGGGCACAUCUCCGGCGCCCACCUGAACCCGGCGGUCACCAUCGGCUUCGCCUCGUUCCGGCACUUCCCGUGGGGCCAGGUGCCCGCCUACAUCGCGGCGCAGGUGUCGGCGUCCAUUUGCGCCGGCUUCCUGCUCAAGGGAGUCUUCCACCCCUUCCUCCACGGCGGGGUGACCGUGCCGUCCGGCCCCUACUGGCAGUCCUUCAUGUUGGAGUUCAUCAUUUCCUUCAACCUCAUGUUCGUCGUCACAGCCGUCGCAACCGACACGCGUGCUGUAGGGGAGCUCGCUGGGAUUGCAGUGGGAGCAACCGUCAUGCUCAACAUAAUGGUUGCCGGGCCAGGAAGUGGUGGAUCAAUGAACCCAGUGAGGACUCUGGGCCCUGCCAUAGCAACAGGAAACUACAAUGGCAUCUGGAUCUACCUGAUUGCUCCGCCCAUCGGGACCGUACUGGGUGCCGCCACCUACACCACCGUCCGCCUUCGCGACGACGAGAUCGAGCCAGCUCGCCCGGUCCGCAGUUUCCGCCGCUAAUCGUCUUCCCUUAGACUACUGCUAGUAAGAAUAAGCAUGGUGUGUAAUAAUCUGGCAUGUCUAAUGCUUAUGACACAGUGAUGGCGUGUUGUCUGCUUUUUUCCUUUGGUGCUUCGUUCUGAAUAAUGUUAGGCCUUGGACCGAUCUCUUUAGUUCAGCCAUGGCAUGUGAAGACUCUUGUGCUGUGAAUCUGUAGCAGCAUGAUCGGUUAUGUUUAAUUUUAAUGAAAGCAUCUUUGCUUGGAGUUUAACUUAA